AUGACCGUCAACACUAAAAACAGCGCCGCCUGGCUGAUCGAAGCAAAGGCGCAUCCUAUCCAGGUUAAGGAAGCACCAUCUUACACACCCGAGGGGAACGAAAUCCUCGUCAGGAACCAUGCUGUGGCCAUCAACCCAGUGGAUGGCAGCCUGCAAACCAAGGCCUGGUGGCCCAUGAACUACCCGACCAUUCUGGGCCAGGAUGUCGCCGGCGAGGUCGUGCAGGUUGGCCCCAACGUCACCCGAUUCCAGCCUGGUGAUCGCGUCGUCGGCCAUGCCGUCGGAAUGGCAACCAAACGUGUCCAAGACAACGCCUUUCAAGCUUAUACCAUCCUACAAACCAACAUGGCCAGCGAGCUUCCCAGCGAGAUCUCUUAUGAAGAUGCCGUCGUCUUGCCCCUAGGUCUGUCUACUGCCGCCUCAGGCCUUUUCCAGGACGAGUUUUUGCAUCUCCAAUUCCCCACUGUGCCGCGUCCGUCGGCGACCGGCGAGGUCCUACUGGUCUGGGGCGGAGCCGGCAGCGUGGGCAGCAACGCCAUCCAGCUGGGCGUGGCCGCGGGAUAUGAGGUGUUUACCACUGCGUCGCCCAAGAACUUCGAGUAUGUCAAAAAACUUGGAGCUAGCCAGGUCGUCGACUACAACAGUGCCACCGUCGUUGAAGAGCUCGUCAAAGCGCUCGAGGGGAAGACUCUGGCCGGAGCGAUGGACUGUAUCGGAUUCGCCGCCACCCCACUUACCGUCGAGGUAGUCGCGAAGUCCCGCGGAAGCAAGUUUGUCUCCACCGUCAAGGGUGGGUUUCAGGCGCCCGAGGGGGUAACGGUCAAAAACGUAUUCGGUACGACGAUCAAGGAUAACCGGGUGGGCAAGGCCAUCUACGAGGAUUACCUGCCUAAGGCUCUGAAAGCCGGGACUUUCAUCCCAGCUCCUGCCCCCCUGGCUGUCGGGAAGGGCCUAGAAAAUGUGCAGGCGGCGGUGGAUCGACAGGCGGCGGGGACCUCAGCUCAGAAGGUGGUGGUUUCUCUAUGA